GGCGUCCACAGGCGGACGGCUGGCGCUGAGCGCGGGCGCGGGGCCGCUACGUGCGCGGGAAGCGCGGGGCUGCGCUCGUGUGCGCUCCUGGGCGCUCACCGCCCCCGCUGCCGCUGCUGCCGCUGCUGCUGCUGCUGCUGCUGCCGCCGCCGCCGCGCGCCUUUGAGUCAGCAAACUCCGCGGCCCGCAAGCCCGGCCCGGCCCUGCUCUGCUCUGCCCGGAGGAGCCGCCCGAUCUCACUCUGUCACCCAGACUGGAGUGCAGUGGCAUGAUCUCGGCUCACUGCAACCUCUGCCUCCCAGGCUCAACCCAUCCUCCAACCUCAGCCUCCUGAGUAGCUGGGACUAUGGGUGCGUGCCAUGAAACCCAGGCUGGUCCUGUUUUCUCUGCCUGUCCUAAUGCGAGCAUCAAGACCUAGUCAAGCCCUGCCUUCUCCAUGAAGCCUCCCCCUCCAUUCUUCCUGUCAGCCCUGCUGUCAGUGCAGUUCUUCUGGCACAUCACAAUUGAUCGUGUCCUGUGCUGAAGAUGUUUCCGGAACAACAGAAAGAGGAAUUUGUAAGUGUCUGGGUUCGAGAUCCUAGGAUUCAGAAGGAGGACUUCUGGCAUUCUUACAUUGACUAUGAGAUAUGUAUUCAUACUAACAGCAUGUGUUUUACAAUGAAAACAUCCUGUGUACGAAGAAGAUACAGAGAAUUCGUGUGGCUGAGGCAGAGACUCCAAAGCAAUGCGUUGCUGGUACAACUGCCAGAACUUCCAUCUAAAAACCUAUUUUUCAACAUGAACAAUCGCCAGCAUGUGGAUCAGCGUCGCCAGGGUCUGGAAGAUUUCCUCAGAAAAGUCCUACAGAAUGCACUUUUGCUUUCAGAUAGCAGCCUUCACCUCUUCUUACAGAGCCAUCUGAAUUCAGAAGACAUUGAGGCAUGUGUUUCUGGGCAGACUAAGUACUCUGUGGAAGAAGCAAUUCACAAGUUUGCCUUAAUGAACAGACGUUUCCCUGAAGAAGAUGAAGAAGGAAAAAAAGAAAAUGAUAUAGAUUAUGAUUCAGAAAGUUCAUCCUCUGGGCUUGGACACAGUAGUGAUGACAGCAGUUCACAUGGAUGUAAAGUAAAUACAGCUCCGCAGGAAUCCUGAAAAAUAAUUCUAAUGUUACUAUCUUAGGAAUAGCAAAUUAUGUCCAGUCAUAGAGAAGAAAGCUUUAUAAUAAUACAUUCUUACCUAAAGCUCACUGUCAUGAUGUUAGGUAUUUAAAUUCUUAAAGAUGUUGGGUUGUUUAUUAGUGGUAUUUUUAUGUUGUCUUAUUUUAGGUAAGCUUCUGUGUAAAGCUAAAAAUCCUGUGAAUGCAAUACUAUCCUUUACAGGCAGACAUUAUUGGUAAACAAGAUCUUGCCCUCCAAUGAAAUGACUUACAUGCUUUAAAAAACCUAGUUGGUUUUAUUGAAUUUAAAAAGAUAGGUAACUAAGUAGCAUUUAAAAUCAAGAUAGAGCAUUCCUUCUUGUAUCAGUGGGGCAGUGUUACCGUAAACACGGUGUAUAUGUUGUUAAACCCUGUAAAGAGUAACAGUGUAGACUAGACUGCCUCUCUCAGACAUGUGGCUGAUAUUUUGUGGAUACCUCCCGUGCACUGGCAAAACACUAUGCUUUUGGGUGUUUGACUGAAAUAUUUUAAGAGUAUUUAACCUUUCCAGUAUUCUGUUUCACGCUUAGAUGGAAAUGUAUCUUAUGAAUAGAGACAUAUUAAAAUAAUGUUUACAUCUUAGAAAAAACAUAGAUAGUGCUAGUAAUAUUACUUAUAAUUACAAUAUAUAGAUUCAGAAAUACAUUUUCAUUGUCCAAAAUCAGCUUCAACAAAUGGUUUCUGGAGACAAAUAAUUUGUUUUCAUUAUCAUUGUAUAAUCAGGUUAAUGAUUUAUUUUUUGACUAAAUGUGCAAUUUCUUAUCACUAGAUAACUGUCAGUAUCAGUGGUGGUUACUUAUUAGAGGAAGGAUUUUAUAAAGAUUAAUAAAUUUAAUUUUACCAAUAAAUAUUCCCAUAAUUUAGAAAAGGAUGUCGACUUGCUAAUUUCAGAAAUAAUUAUUCAUUUUUAAAAAGCCCCUUCUUUUAAAGCAUCUACUUGAAGAUUGGUAUAAUUUUCAUAAAAUGUCUUUUUUUUUAGUGUCCCAAAGAUAUCUUAGAUAAACUAUUUUGAAGUUCAGAUUUCAGAUGAGGCAACAUUUUCUUGAGAUAAUUACCCAAGUUUCAUCCAUGUUGAAUGGUACAAAAUAUUUCUGUGAAACUAACAGGAAGAUAUUUUCAGAUAACUAGGAUAACUUGUUGCUUUGUUACCCAGCCUAAUUGAAGAGUGGCAAAGGCUACUACAAAAAGCAACCUUUUCAUUUUCACUAGGAGUUUAAAAGCUAUUGUAUUAUUAAAAAGUCUUUACAAUGCUUGUUUCAAAGAACCAACUGAAAAAAAAGCUAAGAAAACUAAGAACUAACAUUUAAAAAAUUAAAUUUAGAAUGAUUUCUUUAAUUUGUCCUUUUUUUCUUUGGUCUAAAACAUUAUUAAAUUUUUGUAAAUAUUUUGA